GGCCGCGUGAAGUAGCAGAGGAAAACAGAAAACCUACAACCAGAACUACAUAUGUAGUCGGCUUCUGAAUCGAAGAAGUUGGGAAUUAAUUUUAUUCGUUAAUUCUAAGCAAAACUAAAUCUAGGAUUUCCGUUCAAUGGACUAUUUGAAGAGAAAACUGGAUGGAAAUACUUCUGAAGAAGUCAGUCGCCGCCAAAAACAACAGAAAGAAAUGGAAUCUCUAAUUGGUGGUGAUGAUUCAGUAGCUUGUAUCCAUGAUGUAUCGUAUCCCGAAGGAUAUAAACCUCGUUCAGAUAAUAAUUCUGAUAAGAAAAACACAAAACCUGCAAGGGAAUAUCCUUUUACUCUAGAUCCAUUUCAAUCUGAAGCUAUUAAAUGUUUGGAUAAUGGAGAAUCUGUAAUGGUUUCAGCUCAUACUUCAGCUGGAAAAACAGUUGUAGCUUUAUAUGCUAUUGCUAUGUCCUUGAGAGAUAAACAACGUGUUAUUUAUACUUCACCAAUUAAAGCUCUUAGCAAUCAAAAGUAUAGAGAAUUUAAAGAAGAAUUCUCCGAUGUUGGCCUUAUGACAGGAGAUGUAACAAUUGAACCCAAUGCUUCUUGUCUGGUUAUGACAACUGAAAUUUGGCGUAGUAUGCAAUAUAAAGGAUCAGAAAUAAUGAGGGAAGUGGCCUGGGUUAUAUUUGAUGAAGUUCAUUAUAUGCGUGAUAGAGAAAGAGGUGUUGUUUGGGAAGAGAGUAUCGUAAUGGCACCUAAAAAUUCCCGCUUUGUUUUUCUAUCUGCAACAGUACCCAAUGCCAAGGAGUUUGCGGAUUGGGUUGCGAAGGUUCACCGACAACCAUGCCAUAUUGUUUACACGGACUAUCGUCCUACACCACUUCAACAUUACAUCUUUCCUUCUGGAGUGGAAGGUUUAUACUUAGUCGUGGAUGAGAAGGGUAAAUUCCGGGAAGAUAGCUUUCAGAAAGGCUUAAAUGCACUUCUUCCAGCUGGCGAAGGAGAUAAUAAAAAGAAGAAUGGAAAAUGGCAGAAAGGGUUGGUGGCUAGUAAAUCAGGUGAAGAGAGUGAUAUCUAUAAGUUGGUGAAGAUGAUUAUUCAACGGCAGUAUGAUCCUGUUAUAAUUUUCAGUUUCAGCAAAAGGGAGUGCGAAUCUCUCGCCAUGAUGAUGGCAAAGAUGGAUCUGAGUGAUGAUGUCGAGAAAGCGAAUAUAGAAGAGAUUUUCUGGAAUGCAAUGGACUUACUGUCAGAUGAUGAUAAAAAACUUCCUCAGGUGUCGAACAUGUUACCUUUGCUGAAGCGGGGAAUAGGUGUGCAUCAUUCUGGCUUGUUACCUAUUUUGAAAGAAGUAAUAGAGAUACUCUUCCAAGAAGGUCUCAUCAAGUGUUUGUUUGCAACCGAAACUUUCAGCAUAGGACUAAACAUGCCUGCAAAAACUGUGGUGUUUACGAAUGUGCGCAAGUUUGACGGGGAUAAGUUUAGAUGGAUAACCAGUGGAGAGUAUAUACAGAUGAGUGGUCGUGCUGGUCGUCGUGGAAUUGACGAGCGUGGGAUAUGUAUUCUCAUGGUUGAUGAGAAGCUGGAACCAUCAACAGCAAAAAUGAUGCUGAAGGGGAGUGCAGAUUGUUUAAACAGUGCCUUCCAUCUCAGUUACAAUAUGCUUUUGAACCAAAUGCGGUCUGAAGAUGGCGAUCCCCAGAAUCUACUUCGAAAUUCAUUUUAUCAAUUUCAAUCGGACCGAGCAAUUCCUGAUUUGGAGAGACAAGCGAAGAAACUAGAAGAAGAGAGAGAUUCAAUUAUAAUUGCUGAAGAGGAGAGUGUGAAGGAUUACUACAAUCUUUUAGAGCAGUACCAUAAACGGAAGAAGGAUAUUCAUGAUAUCGUCUGCUGUCCUAAAUACUGUUUACCUUUUUUACAGCCUGGCAGACUUGUUUGUAUCCAAUGUAUGAGAGGUGAUAAUAAGAACCCAUCUUUCUCCAUUGAGAACCAUGUUUCCUGGGGGGUGAUAAUCAACUUCGAAAGGGUGAGAGGCCUUUCUGAAGAUGAUUCUAGGAGGAAACCUGAGGAUGCAAACUACAAAGUAGAUGUUCUUACAAGAUGUGUUGUUAGCAAGGAUGGAGAUGGGAAAAAAUCAGUUAAGAUUGUGCCGUUGGAAGAGCAGGGAGAGCCAGUCGUGGUUGCCAUACCUAUCUCACAGAUUGAUGGGUUAGGCAGUCCCGUUGUAAUCAUACCAAAAGAUCUUUUGCCUUUGGAAGCUCGAGAAAAUACUUUGAAGAGGGUUUCUGAAGUUCUGUCCAGAGUUUCUGAAGAAAUUCGUUUGCUGGAUCCGGAAGGGGACAUGAAGGUCCAGCAUAAAGAUUACAAGAAGAAUGUCAAUCGGAUAGAGGCUCUAGAGAGGUUAUUCAGCAAGCAUGGAGUUGCAAAGUCUCCGCUUAUUAAAGAAAAGUUGAAGGUCUUACACUUGAAGAAUGAGUUGCAAGCAAAAAUCAAGUUAAUCAGGAAAACUUUGCAUACUUCUACAGCGUUAGCCUUUAAAGAUGAACUCAAGGCACGGAAGCGGGUCCUUCGGAAGCUGGGGUAUGUUACAAGAGAUGGUGUCGUGGAGUUGAAGGGGAAGGUUGCUUGUGAGAUCACCAGUGCUGAUGAGCUGACGCUGACAGAGCUCAUGUUUAAUGGUGUGUUGAAGGAUGCUACUGUUGAGGAGAUGAUUUCUUUGUUGUCAUGUUUUGUGUGGCAGGAAAAAAUUCAGGAUGCCCAGAAACCCAGGGAAGGGCUUGACCUGCUCUUUACUCAGCUGCAAGAGACAGCAAAAAGGGUUGCUACAGUUCAGCUUGAUAAUAGAGUUCCAAUAGACGUAGAAGGUUUCGUAAAUUCCUUCAGAUCUGAUAUUAUGGAGGUUGUAUAUGCAUGGGCAAAGGGGGCCAAAUUCUAUGAAAUUAUGGAAAUCACGCAGGUUUUUGAGGGUAGUCUGAUCAGGGCUAUUAGGAGACUGGAAGAAGUUCUGCAGCAGCUAACAGAGGCAGCAAAGUCUAUUGGUGAAACUCAACUUGAAGCAAAGUUUCAAGAAGCUGUUGCCAAAAUUAAAAGGGAUAUUGUCUUUGCAGCAUCUCUAUAUUUAUAGGUCUCCUGAAUUUUUUUGACAUACUUGGUGAAAUUCUUCAUGAGGAUCAAAACGAAGGGUUUCUGCAGGAAGGAAUUGCAGUCAGACUUGAAGAUGCUCAUGGGUCCGCUCAGCAGGAGCUGAAGUGGGAGCUAGUUAUACUGUAUCCGUAACUAUCUUAAAUUCUUCCAUUUAUAUAAAAUAUGCUCAUGGUUCUUGUUAACUGUCUUCAUGUAACUUCAUCAAUCAAAUUUUGGUCCUGAGAUGAGGUCAGUUGGUUGUACCGUUAUUUAUUGUAGUAUAACAGAUUCUUUGGAAAUAUCGUCUUUGUUUUAAUUGCUUAAAAUAAUAUCCCGAUUUUGUUUUGC